GCUUUUACCAGAAUCCAGUACCAGCCAGCCUCAGAAGUAUAUUGACUCCGUUUCAUUCAUUCCAGCAGCAGUUUUCUGCACUUCAUCUUUCUUCUCUUUCAGGAUCAAGGCCAAGAGAUCACAGCAUUUCUCGUCAUUCCGAAUAAUGAAAGAAUUUUCCAGAAUAAUGCAAGAAUUGGACUCAAGGAUCGUCUUACUAUUGAUGUUUCUCCUUGAUCUAGCUGCUUUUGCACUUACAAUGGCCGCCGUUCAGACGAAGACUAAAGCAACACUACACCAAUCAGUUGAUGGCACUAUCUAUUGUGUGUAUAGUUCAAACAUUGCGAGUAGAUUUGCUGUUGCAUCUAUGUUUUUACUUUCAGUCAGUCAGACUAUAGUAACUGUUGCAACCCAAUGCUUAUGCUUUGGCAAGAUUCUAAGGCCUGGAAAUUGGAGGAUAUCAGCAAUAAUGUUAUUCAUCACUUGCUGGAUAUCAUUUCUUGUUAGUGAAAUGUUCUUGUUCUAUGGUUCGGUAAAGGAUGCAAGCCUUACAAACUAUAGGCAUUCGAAUAAUCUGCCUUGUUUCACGUUAAGCAGUCGAGUGUUUGGAAUUGCAGCUCUUCUUAUUGUUGUCACUGCCACUGCCUCUCAAACCUAUUAUGUUAGCUAUGUCAAGACCGACGGAAGCAAUUCCCUUCCUUCGACGACAUCAAACACUAGUAUAGGGAUGGGAGCUUAUUAAUGGAUUCUUUUGGGUAGUUUCUUCGAUUGUACGUAUGCAUGUCGGGUUAGUUUCUUUUUUCGCUUUGAUCAUAAUGUGGUGUUGGUACAUACACAUAAACAUUUGUUUGAAGAGGAAGUGAAUUGAUUUUUGAACUGUUGUUUUCCUAUGCAAUUGAGUUACUUGUUAGAAUUUUCUUGUUUUUAUUUGAAAACUUUAUUUUUUCUUCAUAUUUAGAUGUGAUCAUAUUUAAAAAAAAAGUUUUUAUAGUUCAGAUUUAGAUAAUCAAGUGACACUUUAAGAAGGGUGUAAAUGUAAUAUACACACAAUCUAGUUACAGUUAUAAUAAUAGAAAAAUACAGCCCAUUUGAAAGGUACUGAAUUUGAGGGUUAUGAAUUGUUAUUUUUAUUAAUGUGAGAUUCUAGUAAUCUAGUCAGGUAUAUGCUAAGUCCAAGUUGAGCAAAUCUCUGUUUCAAUUCACUCUGAAGAGCAGCCAUGGAUCAGAUACAGCACACUUACGUGAAGGUGAACGGUCUCAACAUUCACUUAGCCGAGACUGGAUCCUCCUCCUCCGACAAGGUGGUGAUAUUCCUUCAUGGGUUCCCGGAGAUUUGGUAUUCAUGGCGGCACCAGUUGAUCGCCGCCGGAAAAGCCGGCUACCGGGCAAUUGCGUUGGAUUUCAGGGGAUAUGGGUUGUCCGAUGCCCCACCAGAACCUGAGAAGGCAACUUUCAAAGAUACUAUCAGUGAUCUACUCGCCAUCCUUGAUGCUUUGAUUAUUCCGAAGGUGUUUCUUGUUGCUAAGGAUUGGGGAUCAAGAACUGCAUACGAUUUUACACUUCUUUACCCGGAAAGAGUUUCAGGAAUCAUCACAUUUGGAGCACCAUUUGUCCCCCCUGGUCCGGCUCAGUGGGUAAUGAAAUUACCGGAGGGUGUCUACGUCUCUAGAUGGCAGGAAUCUGGACGAGCUGAAGCAGAGUUUGCUCGUUUUGAUGCCAAAACCAUUGUGAGAAAUGUCUACAUUUUGUUCUCAAGAAGUGAAAUCCCGAUGGCUACUGCUGUUGAUCAGGAGAUUAUGGAUCUUGUAGAACCGUCCACUCCUUUGCCAGCUUGGUUCUCUGAACAAGAUCUCCAAGUGUAUGGUGAUUUGUAUGAGAAAUCAGGAUUUCGCACUGCUUUGAAAGUCCCAUAUAGGUCACUGGGAGAAGUCUAUGACUUGCCAGAUCGAAAAAUUGAAACUCCAACAUUGCUGAUAGUAGGCGAGAAAGAUUUCUCAUUAAAGUUUCUAGGAAUGGAGGAAAUCAUAAGAAGCGGGAAGGCGAAAACCUUUGUCCCGAAUUUGGAGAUAAGUUAUAUUUCGGAAGGAAGCCAUUUCACGCAGGAGCAAUUCCCGGAUAAGGUGAAUGAACUUGUUCUUGAUUUCUUGAGCAAGCAUGAUUAAUAUAAUAAGGUUUGUGUUAUUGAGUAUCAGAAUAAUGCGUUGUACUAGAAAGGUUGUUCACGACGAAUAAAUAAUAUGUAGUGAUGACCCAAAAGUUGGUUCGAAUAAGAUCCAUAUUAGUGCUUUGAACAAAAACGCUUUGUAUGGAAGUUGUGUCAUAUUGUGUGGUGUCGUCCUAUCUCUCUA